AUGGGCAAAGUUUGUGAAGUACUAAUUGAUACUGGGUGCACGGAAAAUGUCAUUUCUCGUGCAGUUGUACAAUCGUUGCAGCUGAAGACAUCUAAAAGUCCUAACCCAUAUAAAAUUAGUUGGGUUAAAAAAGGAAUUGAUAUGGUGGUAACAGACAUGUGGAAGGUAAAUUUCUCCAUAGGCAAACACUAUGCAAGCGAAGUUCUUUGCGAUGUGGUGGAUAUGGAUGUAUGUCACUUAAUUUUGGGAAGGCCAUGGAAAUACAAUGUGGGCGCAAUUUUUGAUGGUAGAGCAAAUACGUAUUCCUUUGAUUGGAAAGGUAGACGUUUAAGACUUCUUCCCCGAAGUCCUGAACUGGAUGUCAAAAAUGACAAUUCUAAGAUGUCUCUGGUAGCUGUCUCAGGAAAGGCCUUGAUUAAUGCAUGGAAGGAGGCAUCACAGUUGUUGUCUUUGGUUGUCAAAGAACAGAACAGUGACACAAGUGACACAGAGGAGAAUUCAAUCCCUGAGGAAGUCCGAUCUUUACUUGAGCAAUUUUCUGAAAUUGCUCCACCAGAGCUGCCCAGUGGACUGCCACCUAUGAGAAACAUUCAGCAUCAGAUAGACCUAAUCCCUGGAGCAAAUCUGCCAAAUUUGCCUCACUACAAAAUGAGUCCGAAUGAACAUAGGAUACUGCAGUAG